GUAGCAAAGAAAUCGUGAAAUAAAAUUCUCCAGGCGAACUGAAAUAGCCCGUGCUCAGCAAAACGUGCCGUGAUUGGACAUUUCAAUUGGAAUAAAAAAAAUAUACGCCAAUCAGAAGGGCUCACCAUGCAACGUGACAGAAGCUGUUCGACGAAUGAGGCUUCCCCCUUUCCACAAAAUCGUUGUUUUGUCUGUGUGCACGAGCCGGUUUGUCUCGCGCUCCGGGACCUGGCGUCGGAGCCCCAGAACCGGGAGGCAAUAGUCCAGGACCAGGGCUGUCUCCCCGGUCUGGUUCUCUUCCUGGACCACCAGGACCCGCAAGUGCUGUUCGCCACCCUGCAGACUAUGCGCUACCUGGCAGAGUGGCCCCUGAACGUCACCACUAUGAAGAAUGAACUGGGCAUGAUGGUCAGCCUGGUGACCCUGAUGGAGAGGAGUGGUUUGUGUGAUGACAUCAAUACCCUGUCGCGGGAGGUGUAUGGAAUCCUGAGUGCCCCGCCCACCCCAGCCCCGCCCAGCCCAGAGAAAGAGAGGAGGAGAAACAAACCCCAGUUCUUCCUCAACUCCUCCAAAGGGAAGAACAAGUCUGUCACUCUGCACAUCCAAGGCCUGGACAGCACUGCCCAGCGAGGUGUGUGUGAGGAGGCUCUGCUGAAGGUGAAAGGAGUGAUCAGCUUCACCUUCCAGAUGGCUUCUAAGAGAUGCACCGUUCGCAUCCGCUCUGACCUGCCCACUGAAAGUCUGGCGUCGGCCAUCGCUGCUACCAAGGUGCUGUCAGCCCAACAGGUGGUGAGGAAUGAAGUUGGGGAUGAGGUCCUGCUCCCCCUCAGUGUGUGUGGUGGUAAUGUGAGGGAGGAGAACGUAUCAAUACCAGACUACCUCCCAGAGGACGAGAGUCCCGAGAGCGAGACGGACCGCGCCGUGUCCCGUACCGCAGCCAAGGACAACACCUCUGGCAGCUGGCUCGGCUCAGCAGCCACUUUCCUCACCAGAUCCUUCUACUGGUGAAACUGGGGCCCUCAGGAGCCGGCAUGGCUGUUCUCACAGGGGACACCUGAACUGGGAACACAGCAGAACUGCCCCCGUAUGGCUGCAUCCUAAUUCUACAACACAUCUCCUGAAGUGUACACUAUGGCUGCAUCCUAAUUCUACAACACAUCUCCUGAAGUGUACACUAUGGCUGCAUCCUAAUUCUACAACACAUCUCCUGAAGUGUACACUACGGCUGCAUCCUAAUUCUCAACAUAUCUCCUGAAGUGUACACUCCCCGUCAUGGAUUUAAAAGCAUUGGCUGUAGGUGUAAACAUUGGCUGUAGGUGUAAACAUUGGCUGUAGGUGUAAACAUUGGCUGUAGAUGCACACGAGGGGACAGAGAGAAACAGGAUGUGACUAGUGGUGUAAAAAGUAAAGAUACCUUAAUAGAAAAUGACUCAAGUAAAAGUCAGUAAAAUACUACUUGAGUAAACGUCAAAGUAUUUGGUUUUUAAA